UAGCGGAGCGCUGUUGUGUCGCUGACGGAGUGACUCCCCGGCACAGUUCUCUACAGCUCUGUCUGGUCCACAACAGUCUCUACAGCUCUGUCCAGUUCACACCGCUCUCUACAGCUCUGUCCAGUUCACACCGCUCUCUACAGCUCUGUCCAGUCCACAUCGCUCUCUACAGCUCUGUCCGGUCCACACAACUCUCUAAAGCUCUAUCCAGUCCACACUGCUCUCACCAGCUCCAGGGUAAAGAGACUGGUAUAGUCUUUCCUCUCUGCAAAGAUGAACCUCUUCUGCUUCUCUCUGGAGGGUUCUAUGGGCAGUCUGUAUGAGGCUGUGCAGGACUCCAGUGAUGCCCAGGUCUACACCAUCCCCAGCCGUUCCUCCAGCCGUUCCUCCAGCCGCUCCUGUAGCCCCGCAGUGCUGCUGAAUGAAAACCCCAAGUUACGUGGCUCGGGACGAUCCAUCUCCAUGGAGAUCUCCCAGGUGCAGAACAACACCAACAAGAAGAAAAGAAGAACACAUGUAUCCAAAUCAGCAUCAGAUAACGGAACAUUGGAUCAUGCCGCUGCCAGCGGCAAUGCUGCUCUCUGGCUGCCCGCCAAAGUCCCUCCAGAAAACGAUUUAGAUUUAGUCCACAUUGAGAACAAUCAAAACAAAGAGAUGGUCAAGCCCAUGCUCAGAACUGAGGUCCAGGAUAAAGCCAUGAUCAGAACCGAUGUCAAGACCAAAGGGGGAAGAGGAGGACGCAAGUCGAGCAUAAAGAAGAAUGAAAAACCACCAACCCCACCAACUCAGAUGGUGAGUUACGAGGGGUGGGCUCAGAAUCCAGACAGGCGCAACAGCCGGCAGAGAGACCUGAUUGUCCAUGCCAACGGGGAAGUGGCCAGGCCCAGAGUGCCAAUCAAAAGGAGUCCAAAGCCUGGGAGUCAAAAACCUGGGAAUCAGAAGACUUGGAAGAAAGGGAGUGCAAAAAAUGAAAAAGAAUGGGCCAAGAAAAAUCAGGACACCACACGAACAGGGCCCAUCCCAGUGAUGGCAGGACCGUAUCUGGAUGUGGUCCGGAGGUCAGCUGCUGAUUGUGAGUCUGUACUACCAUCAGCCCAGGAGAAUGUUACCCUAGCCCCGGGUGCCAUGGAGCUGAGGACCGGGCCUGGAGGCCCUGGAGCUCAUCCUAGGAACCAUUGCUGGAGUAACCCAGCUGAGAACGCUCCGGCCUGUGGGACGUCCUACCACAUCUGCCGCAGGCCCCUCACAGAGUACCCCGUUUAUGCCCAUGACUACACCCUGCCCCGGGCCAAGGACAAACACCAGGAGGUGUACCAAGAUGAAAGCCUGAAACGGGACCCCUCGCCCCAGGGUGUCCCCCUCUCUGUUACUGAUGUGGACCUCUGCAACCCUAAUCGCUCCACCAGUUUUGGGCGAUUUGACGGCAUCAGACAACCAUCACCAGCCAGACUAGAGGAAAAUGUAACAAAAGUGACAGAGGAGUCUGGAUGUGAGAGUUCUGAUCAGACCAAACAAGGUAGCCUGGGGAAGAAGAUGAAGGCCAUCUCUCUAACCAUGCGCAGGAAGAUGGGCAAGAAGCACUUCAAAACCUUCUCUGAGGAAGCUGGUGAGGACACUGACAGAGACCUAGAGGAGGAAACAGAGAGCAGUCUUCCUGUUGAGAAAGGCUCUGAAGAGACCAGCAACUCUCUGGAGAGCCUCUACAGCGGACAGAGCUCCUCCAGCUCAGGUGGUUUGGCCAGCGUCUCAGAUGGUUCCAGUACCAGAGACAGUCUGAGACUAGAAGAGGACGGCUCCUACAAUGGACACUUCUGUGGUAGAGCACGGGUCCACACAGACUUUGUUCCCAGCCCAUAUGACACUGACUCCCUCAAACUCAAGGUUGGAGACAUUAUCAGCAUCAUCAGUAAACCUCCCAUGGGCAUAUGGACGGGGAUUCUGAACAACAAAGUAGGCAACUUCAAGUUCAUCUACGUUGACAUGCUCAUGGAGAAAGAAAGAGAGGAGGAGGCACCAAAGAUCAGGCCUCAGAGGAUGAGCAAGAGACCACGACCAAAGACACUAUUGGAACUACUGGAGCGGCUAAAUCUAGAGGAGUAUGCAUCUGCACUGCUUCUGAAUGGCUACCAGACAGUAGAGGACCUGAGGCACCUGCAGGAGAAACACCUUAUAGAGCUGAACGUGAUGAAUCCAGAACACAGAGGCAGGCUGCUGGCUGCUGUCGACUGCAGAUAUACAGAGAGCGAUGAUGUGAGGGAGAGUGAGGAGCCCUCUUCAUCACACAGUUUGAAGGUGGAGAAGAGCGACUGUCCAAGAGACUCAGGCUGCUUUAUUCUAUCAGAGUGCUCUGAAAACAGCAAAGAGGACACAGAGAGCCAACCAGUCACACACUGAUAGGCCAGACUAUCCUAACUAACAAGUUUUGACAUGUAAAUUACGAUGGCUCACCAUGUUUGUCUUGUCUGUAUUUGGUUUAACAAGAUGGGAUUUAAUUAAUUAAAUGUAGCCAAUUUUUCUUACAA